CCUACCUUACCUCACCACAAAAACCUGCCGAGUUCUUUGUAAAAGAGGAGUUGAGAUCUGAUGUGACUGAGUCCUGAGAAAACACAAACAGACAGUCCAAUAAAGAGCUUCAUGGUGUCACCGUUUCUCCAGUAACAGUCAUGACUUCCUUCAGCUCAUCACUCUCUGUCUCUGGUGAGCUGCUCCAGUGCAAUAUAUGUCUGGAGGUGCUCACAGACCCAGUCACCACUUCAUGUGGACACAACUUCUGUAGCAUCUGUAUCAAGGCAUUCUGGGAGAGUGGACAGCUCUUUCUAUGUCCUCUCUGUAAGGAAGACUUUGAAAGUAAACCAGAAUUGAAGAUUAAUGCAGCAUUUAAAAAGGUUGUUGACCGUUUCAAAGUGCAUCAACAGCCAGAGAAACUUCAACACCAGACAAAACAUCUCCAACAAAUUUCAUGUGAUGUCUGCCCUGAAAACACGCAAACUGCAGUAAAGUCUUGUUUGAAUUGUGUAACAUCUUUCUGCGAGACUCACCUUGACCAUCACAAAAAAGCACCAAGGCUCGCAAGGCACAAACUGAUUAACCCCGUGGAGAACCUGGAAGAUUAUAUCUGCAGGAAACAUGAUAAACCACUGGAGAUGUUCUGCAGAGAUGAUCAGACAUAUCUGUGUCUGUUUUGCACUGAAACAGAACAUAAGACUCAUAACGCUGUUCCUAUAGAGGAAGAAAGUGGAUACAGGAAGAUUCAACUGGAAAAGACACAGGCAGAAAUCAAGGUGAUGAUCCAGGACAGACAGAAGAAGAUUGAGGAGAUAAAAAACAUAGCAGAGUCCCACAAGAGCACCACAGAGAGAAAUAAAGCAAACAAAGUUGAGCUGUUCACUGCUCUGAUCCACUGUAUUGAGAGAUGUCAGUCUGAGGUGUUGGAAGGAAUGGAGCAGAAGCAGAAAACAGAAGAGAAACAGGCUGAAGAGUUUAUUAAAGAGCUGGAGCAGGAGAUCACAGAGCUGAAGAAAAGAGACACUGAUCUGGAGCAGCUCUCACACACUGAAGAUCACCUGCACCUCCUACAGGUUUACUCGUCUAUGUGCAGCCAUCCAGAAGUCAAGACCUGGACGAACAUCAACAUUAACACUGAUCUACUGAACACAGAAUACCUGGAGAAAGCUCUUACUUGCCUCAAGGAAAAAGUCAACAAGGAACUGGAAAUAGUCCAUGAGAUCAGCAAGCAUUAUGGAGCUCAACCUUCUGUUUUUCAAGGAUUCAACUUCAUUCAAGCAAAAUCACCACCUUCAGCCAAUAAUAUAUUUGUAUUUGGCAGCACUGACACAGAAUCUGUUUCCUCACUUCCUUCAUUGAUACCUAAAAGUUCUUCAAAGAUUAAGAAAAAGAAUGCAACUGUUACUCUGAGAACACAGCAGGGCACCCUGACAGAGAUUUCGAAAAUGAAAACAAGCAAAGUUCAGACAGAGGGCAAAAUCUACUUCACUCUGGGUAAAGCUACAGACUGCGGCACUCCCUCAACAAAGACAGUGGAAAUGAUUAAUAAACAAGUGAGUGUCUCAACAAGUACUUCUCCAUUGCUUGAGCUGAGCUCAAUACAGAAACUGUAUGCAGUGGAUGUGAUUUUGGAUCCAAACACAGCUUACCCUAAACUCAUCCUGUCUAAAGACGGAAAACAAGUGAGUCAUGGUGGAUCCUGGACAGAUGUUCCCAAUAACCCUGAGAGAUUUGACUCAUCUGCCUGUGUCCUGGGAAAGGAUGGGUUUUCCUGUGGAAGAUUUUACUUUGAGGUCCAAGUCAGUGAUAAGACUGAAUGGGAUUUAGGUAUGGCCCGAGAGUCUGUUAGAAGAAAGGGGAAAAUAAGAGUGUGCCCAGAGAAUGGACUUUGGUGUAUAUGGCUAAGGAAUGGGAGUGAAUAUAUGGCUAAUGAAUCCUGUCCUGUUUCCCUAUUCAUGAAAGACAAGCCCCAGAAAGUGGGGCUGUUUGUGGAUUAUGAGGAGGGUCUGGUCUCCUUCUAUAAUGUGGAUACCAAGGCUCUUAUCUACUCCUUCACUGGUCAGUCUUUUACUGAGAAAAUCUAUCCAUUUUUCAGCCCUUGCAACAAAAGAGGUGAUGUGAACUCGAAGCCUCUGAUUAUUCUGAAGUCUAAUUAUGCAUAUAUGCUCCAAUAGAAUAUAACACGACAAAGGGCCAUUGUUAAGUGGACACACAAUUUUUAAUUCAAAUUUGAGGAAUUAGGGGGGUCUGAUUAAUUAAUAGCCUAAAUGUAAAUGUAUGAAAUGAAAUGAGGUAAUUUUAUGUUUUUUUUUCUUUUACUUUAAACAAAACAAUAAAAAAUAACUUUC